AGGCGCAGCGCAGCAGUCUUCAGUCUUUACCUGCCCGUGCUGUGGACGUCCCGCUUGGUUGUGUGAAUCACAUAAUUUCAGGAUUGUGUCAAAUUUUUCGAGCGUAGAAACUGAGAAAAGGAUACUCAAGUCGCAAAAGUCAUGCAGGAUUGGGAGUCAUUGAUUCGCUUCGAUGGGUGGAAAUGCUGUUGCGCCAGUGAUGAUGCGGGGUCAGCACACACGAUACAGCAUUUGUUUUCAGCUGUCAUUCAACGAAAGUGCCAAGAUUGCAGGUAUGGUGUGAUAUUCCACUCAACAGUAGUCCGAGUGUAACAUUUACGUGCAGUUUCUGACUGCCUACUGAACAUGUGUAUUUUUGAACAAGAGAUAAACUGAUGUUCUGGCUACUACUACUGGCCAACUACAGCUGGCUAACCUUGGCUAACCUGGCUAACCUGGCUAACCUACUGGCCAACUACAGCUGGCUAACCUUUUCAGUGACUUUCAUCCUUCAUGUGUAUUUUUGUCGUCAUAGUGUGUGGCACACAAACGCGUCUCGGCAUACGAAAUUAUUACGAGAAUUGCUUGUUGACUUCCCCUGCAUGAGACCGGUACACAAGUGCAUGGUGUAGAAGACAGUACAACGAGGGAACAGAGGUAACAACGUUUAAUUUAUUUAUUAAUACUGUAAGCCAAUAUGUGGCCCAAACAGGAAUGGCAUACAUGUUUGGCACAUACUCAACAAUGGACAACUAAACAGAGCUCAGUAAAUUGACCCAUCAAAACACGAUCAUGCACUAUAUCUAUUAAAUCAACUUUUUAUCAACACCACAAGGCAUUCUAUUGAGAACAAAAAUAAAAUUGCUCCACGUUACUUAUAAAAUUACCUGACUCGAAAACUCUUCCGGGCAAUGAAUUCCAAUCUUCUAUCGUUCGAGGAAAGAAACUAUAUUUAAAUGCAUUAGUUCUUGCAAAAAUUGGUGCUAGCAUUUGUUCCCGCUGACUGUGUCGUGUUCUUCUCAACAAGGACGGUUUCAGAGAAUUUGGUAAAUUUAAUGCGACAUUUCCCAUAAGACCCUUACGAAGAAAUAAUAUCCGACUAAUUUUUCGGCGCAGUUCAAGUGUCUGAAUGUUGUUUACCUGCAUCAGCUUACUAGUUAGUCAGUUCUUCUGUAUUUCCCAAAAAUGAAUCUUAUGGCUCUUCUCUGUACCCUCUCCAGUAGUGAAAUAUCCCUUUUCUGAUACGGGUCCCAAACUACUGCUGCAUAUUCAAGUUUUGAUCUAAAAAAUGUGUUAUAUGCGAGUAGCUUUGUUUGUGCCGGUGCAUAUUUAAGUUUCCUUUGUAUAAAUCCUAAUUUCUUCAGGGCUAAUGCACAGAUGUCAGAAAUGUGAUCAGACCACGUUAGUCUACUAUUGAUUGUCACCCCCAAGUAUUUAUACUUCUGUACUUGGGAUAUUUCUUGACUCCCAAGCAAAUAUGGGAACACACUCAGUAACUUUUUUCUUGUAAGUUGCAUCAGUACUGUCUUAUCCAAAUUAAUCUUCAUUCCCCAUUGGCUACACCAUUCUGAAACUGCUACCAUAGAAUUCUGUAAUAAUAAAUUAUCAGCAUGGCUCGUGACCUCCUUAAAAAUCACACAAUCAUCUGCAAAUAGCCUUAUUGAAACACCUUCUGGAAUCACAGUAACAAUAUCAUUGAUAUAAACUAAGAACAACAACGGUCCCAAUACGCUUCCCUGAGGGACACCGGAACUAACAGCACACGUGCCUGAAGGACGAUUACUAAUUUCUACAAACUGUUGCCUGUCAUCGAGGUAUGUUUGGAUCCAUCUCACAACAAAUGCAGGGAGCCCUAAGCUUUCCGAAUGAUAUAACAACUUUCCACGUGGGACUUUGUCGAAGGCUUUGCAAAAAUCCAAGAACAACACAUCUAAUUGACCACAUUUGUGUAGUACACUGGAAAAUUCAUGUACAACAUCCACAAGCUGAGUGACAGUUGACGUAUUUUUUCUAAAGCCAUGCUGAUAUUCGGACAAAACAUUGUGGUCACUUAAGAACUUCUGUAUGUAGACAACAAGAACGUGUUUCAAGUAAUUUGCAACUAGUACUAGUAAUUGACACCGGCCGGUAAUUGCUGACAAGUAACUGAUCACCUUUUUUGUGAAUAGGGACUACACGUGCCUUAAGCCAAUCACCAGGUAAAACACCUGUAGAUAAUGGCAAGUUAAAAAUAAUGUUAAUGGAAGGGUCCUGGUCACGGCACCAAGAUGAGACAGGACAGAGAGGGAUGACGAUGUGUUUAUUCCGUUGAAAGGAACUACAGGUUUUCCCUGCGAUUUUAAUCCAAGUGCCAGCUAAAUUAAUCCACGUGCCAUGCAAACUUUAUGGGGUACGGAUUAAUUUCGCUGGCACUUGGAUUAAAAUCGCCGGGAAAACCUGUAGAAUGAACGCGAUGUCUGUCACGCGAGUGUCACAGACAGUGACUGAUCAUCUUCUUUGUUGGCAAUAGAAUGUUGACAUAACAUUCAACACAUUGUUUAUUUCGCCUGUUUUCUAUUUCCAUGAACUGCAGGUAGCGGACAUCCACUUCUUCCUCUUCGCUGCACUGUCCAUCCCAGAGCAAUGGAAAUGGUGCCACUGUAGACAAUAGUCACAAAUGACGCUGUCACAUCCGUCUGGUGUAACUUUACAUGCUCCACGUGUCCAGAUGUCAAGUUCUCUCUUUCUUUGACAAACUUCUCCGACACCCCCGUGCUGUUCAGGUGAAAAUCGAGUUGAAUGAAUCGUCGCAGUCCCAAGCGCAGUGUUGACCAUGGCCAAGUCAAGCAGGGAUCCUGACUACGCAUUCCUGGAUCCCCUCUCUGGAAACGUCACACGGACGAGGCCAAUCACUGCGCGGCCUUUGACAUGGAGAAUACCAAUCACGGAGCGGCCGGAGGGGCCUUGGUAGCCUUGGCAACCGACAGGUGGGCGGGCGAGGCGGAAUGCUAGGGGACGGCGUCUUCUCUGUUACCAGCUUGUGGAAUGUUGUUUCUGGUUAACGUUGAACGUGUUCGUACAGCCAGGAGCGUAACGCCGUGUUUCACGUAACAUGGUUACGUCUGCACUCACACUGGUUAACUCAUUCCAGAAGUAAGAGUUGUACCAUUGUAAGGAGAAUGGAAAGAAAUGGACGUUGACCGAGAUAGGUGUUCCUUCUUGGUCAGUGACUGUAGGAUUGCUCCAAAUACGUCAUGACAAAGCCAAUAUUCAUCUACCUCUCCACAAGUAGCUAACUCCACAUAGUAGCCUGCUGCUUCACAGCAACGUCAGCACUACCUUGUGGGUGUACACAUUACACAAUAUGGUGCGUUUCGCUGUGGUAUGGUAAGUGUCUUGCAAUAUGUGUAUAUAUGUACGACGGGUGUUCAAGUCAAACCGGGACUUUUUGGCUCGUGAGUGUACAAAUGGCUCGCGCUACUUCUUUUUCAUCAUUUUCACACGCGACAGGCCUCCGUGUUCCCCACAUGGUGGUCCUAGGUUUCUGCAAAACAAGGUCAUGGCCACGGUUUUCUGAGACCGGGCUGGCGUUGUUCAUGUUGAUUUUCUGCCCAAUGGCACUGCCAUCAAUAGUACAUAGCGUCGAAGCAAGAGCGGCCGGACCUCAUCACCAAAAGAGUCUUCCUCGUACAGGACAAUGCAUGCCCGCAUACUGCGCAUCUCACGACACACACCUUGCAGGAACUUGGCUGGGAGCUGCUGCCACAUCCCCCUUACGGUCCAGACCUCACCCCCAGCGAUUUCUGUCUCUUUGGGCCACUGAAGCCGUUCCUUGGGGGCCGCCACCUCAGCUGCGACAACGAGGUCAAGAAUGCUGUCCGAUCAUGGCUGCAUCAGUGUGACCACAGCCCUUGAGCUGUUGCGUUGUGGACGGCCGUCUCCAGUUUCUUGGCUCUCAUCAGCACAGCGUAGGGAUGUGACGCUCUCUUGGGUCGGCACAAACACUGUGUCUCAGCAAGACAUCAAUGUUCCAGGGUGUUGGCAACACCUCUGGAAGCUGCAGUGCAAAGCCAGCGAAGGGAGUUCCUGUGCAAUCCGCGGGCCUUCAACUUCAACCGCCGACUGGUCCACCUUUGCCGGAACUCCACCGACCUCCGCUACCUGGACCACGGAUUCCCCCGACGUCGACCAACCCAGGUCCUUGCAGCUGACGGCCUCUGUCCAAACUUCGAGGCAGUUCGGAUGAUCAGCCGACACUGACUGUUCCGGAUCCAGUAUAUGGCCUACCCCUCAGGAGGCAACUGCCCUGGAACGACGAUGGCAGACUACAAGACCAUCGACGCUGGACUGACCAGCUGCCGGUUACGCUUGUGCGACGCAGCUGGCAUAAGUGCAUCGGUAUUUGUCAGCAUGUGGUCGAAACGAAACCUCACUGAAGUUGGAUGGCGCUAUCUUUCACGCAAGAAACGGAAGUUGGAUAUGGGCUAUCGUGAAUCACCUACGAAACACAAGAGCAUGACAGAACUCAGUGCUUCCUCGAGGACUUUUCAGACAUUGGGGACACAUCCCUAUAAAUCUACUCAUCGUUGAUCGACGUUGUGUGUUUGUGUGUGUGUGUGUGUGUGUGUUGGUGGACAGUAGGCCUUCAGAACAUGUAAGUGGUGAGUCAGAUUUCUCCUCUUGUUGUUUCUAUGUCUUGCUAGCAAUUUUCAACUGCUUGGGGCCCCGUCCACCGCUUGUACAGAAAUCUUAAGGUAAGCUGAAGUACUAAGUAGUGUAGAAGUUGAGGAAGUAAUAACUGGGGCGAUGAGAAGCGCCACCGCUAACUUCCAAAAAUGCGGUGAUGAGAAGGGGUGCCCACGACAUGGUCGAUAUAAUGGUUAUCUAGUAGAUCGUGUACUUGGCAUUUAUAAUUCGAUACGUGCCCGUGAGAUGGCGCUGAUGGCAGGCAACAAGCAGACCCGUAUAUAAACACCGUACAUAAGCUGUAUAUAAACAUAUAAACAGAGCCGUAUAUAUAUACGGCUCUGGCAACAAAACGAUAAAAGCGCGAAGGAUCAUUGCCAGGCUCUCACAGCUCCCCAUAGAGCCCAUAGUUCGAGAUAAUUCACGCAACACUGGGCGUGCAACCAAUGAAAAUGAACUAUGAUGCCUACCAUUCGGCCAAUCAGGAGUCUCUCAGUUUGGCUCGCUUUUCGGCCAGGUACUGGCUACCAUCGGCUUUUACUUUUACUGGUUUUCAUGCCCGACACUCGUUAUUCCGUAUUCUAGAACUACUAGGCAAAGGUUGGACAAAAUACACAUUUAUUUGAAACAUCGUUGACUCAAUAGUCUGACACAAAUAUUCGCCGUGCGUAGAGUCCAAAUCGUUGCACUCGUUGACCAAGUCCGAACUCGCAAAACGCAUACUCCCAGAAGCGAGCGACGCGCACACGAGUGCAUGCGAUUUCACGGUUAGCAUCUCCUUUCGUUGAUCGCAGUGCGAAGGCUUCAACGAAGCGGGAACCGCUAGUCGCACGGACACCGAAUCCUGUCUCCGUUGUGACUGCAUUUGCUCACAAGUGUUCCUCAGGCGUCAGCUCACCACUGCAUUCCAGUUCUGAACUCGAGAGACUGUUCGUACGUAGGAUACUUCUGUCGGGAAACAUCACAACACGCGCUGAGUCACUUCGACACACUAACAAAUGUGUGACUUCUCUUUGAACAAUGCGGUCAUACGUUGCUGUCAACUGACAUCGUCGAGACGCGAGACGCCGCAAGGCUCCAACAGCUCCGCAUAGUUUGAGAUAAUUCACACAACACUGGGCACACGACCAAUCAGAGUGCAACGUUGUAGAAAUUAUGCAAUGCCAGUCGGCCAAUCAGGAGCCUUAACUUUGGCUGACCUUUCGACCGGUUCUGGCUACCAUCGACUUCCGGAUUUCACGCCUACCGCCGUUACCAGAUAUUCAAAAUAACUGAAGCUUCUUUUGGCUAAAAUAAAUAUUUAUUUGACACAAAGCACUGAAUCAAAGAUCUGAUACAUGGGUGCACUGUGAAUACAAAGUCUACUGCGUUGCUGACGCACUGUAACUAAGUUCGAACUUGAAGCAAAACGAAUACAGCUCUCGAAAUCCGACGAGGCCCGCGCGUGUUCUUCACUCUCCAACCGCUCCAACUCACGAAGCAUUCCAGUUCCGGAGUUGAUAGACUGUUCGUGGGAUAAUAGUCGUGUCCAGGAACAGCACAACACACGUUGAACCACAUCGACGCAUGAAUUAACAAGCGAACACUUAUAAACUGUUCUGCCGAUUGACAUCACCAAAACACGGAACACAAGAGGACGCCUUGCCGGCCGAUUUUAUGAUGAGCAUCUUCUUUCGUUGCUUGCAGAGCGGAAAAGGCGCUUGUGUGGCACGUAAUCGUAAUUCUGUCUUUGUUGUCAGGCCUCAAAAUCCGACGGCGCCCGAACGCGUUCUUCACGCUCCAACCGCUCCAGCCCACGAAGCAUUCCAGUUCCGUAGAUGAUAGACUGUACGUGGGAUAAUAGUCGUGUCCAGGAACAGCACAACACGCGUAGAAUCACAAACUGUUCUGCCGAUUGACAUCACCGGAACCUGGAACACAAGAGCGCACAAGAGGACGGAUGCCGUACCGACCGAUGCGAGCUAUUUCAAAACUAUGCUGAAACGGCCGCCGGGACGCUUCACACACAUGCGCGCGUACAAAAUGCGAUUUCAAAACGUUGUAGACCAAUCGGAGCGUGCGCACAGUCUGGGCCAAUGAGCUUGCAACGUUGUAGAUUGGCGCAGUGGUACAUACUCUACAGCCGCAUCCUCGGUUACAGGGUGCGUCCGAAUCACGGAGGAGAAGUAAGGAGAACGAACUCUGCCGAGCCGCCGUUGAGAAAGCGUGGUCUCGAUUCCUCGAGUCUAAUUGUGGCCGCGGCGCUCGCGCUCCGUCAGGUACAGAGCCUUGUAUUAAAAGGGAGUCUGGCCAUUGGGAGGAGUCACAAAAAGAGGCUCGACCUGUCAAUCACAAUUUCGCUCCUCUGAUUGGUUUGCUUUUUACCAAGGGAGUCGCCAUGACACCAUACUGCCACCCAAAAUGGCGACGAAGACAAACGCAGUGAAGCGGGGAUUUCGUGACAAACAAAAUUCACAGACUAACCUGAUUUUAUGCUGCAAAUAUACAUCCUAAUAUAAGUUUCUCGGAAAUCAGUUUCAACUUAUGCUCAUCCAUCGAUAUCUAGCUGAAAAUAAAAUACCCGGUGCAACGCUUUGAGCAGCAUGCUUGUACAGAAGUAACUUGAAACUGAACACCAAAGCGAUAGUGUAUAAUGUAGAAGUAAUGUAUUGUUCAAGAUUUCAGUGUUCGUCAACAUAAACUAGAGACUAGAUCCCGACUUUACUUUGCAGUUCCCAAAAGCUAGUGAUUGGCAUGCAUGACAAGAUAUAAGAAACUAAGUGCCAGAACCUUCGGAACCGCGCCGUGUCCCAUCAUCAGAGCGUCCCGCCCCUCCUUGCACUCACACACACAAAGGUCUCUUAACUGCUUGACACGUACGGAGAUAAAACUUUCUCAGUCCCAGCUUAUGCAACGACCCACAUAACGCGCGAUUCCGGAAAGAUCGCAUCCGGCGACUUUCGAUUACACAGCUUCUAACUUUCUUUCCUCCAUACCACUCAAAUGUGGCUCUUCGGAACAACGUUUGCUUCCUUUGGGGUAUGUUAGUGUGUUAGCGCAGCGGUCAAAGUACGCGCGCACCACAGAGAGAAGGGCACGAUACCCGAGACGGCCGGGGAGAAGCGACAGAGGAUUCUGUCGGAGUCGUUCGACACUACACCUUUGGCAAUGUAAGACGUUUGUCUUACGUAUUAAAGUUUCGUUUGUUUGUUUUUUCUUCUUAUUUCCGAUUCCAUUUUUAUCGGACAGGUAGCUUCCAUCUAUGAGACAAAAAGCAGAAACCGGAAAAAAAAAAUUAAUUGUAGCUGACCAGAAAAUAUUAACUCGUUACUGGAGACACCGUUGUUUAUCAAGAGAUAAACUGAUGUUCGAUCCCUACAGCUGGCUAACCUUUUCAGUGACUUUCAUCUUUCGCCGUUGUUUAUGCUUAUCAAGAAACAUUCGUUUUGAACGCUUUUUAGUAGAGUAUUCGAGCACAAACGGCGCCUUGCCGUGCAGGCAAUUUCGCGGAGCUAGUACCGGAGCAGAGCCGUAUACCGGAGGGAACGCGAGCGCCGCGGCGAACAAUUGACUCGAUAAAUUGGGACGUCGUUUUUCAGCGGAGUUCGGUCUCCUUACUUCUCCUCCGUGGUCCGAAUAGUGUGAGAUGCGUCACCGCAUACCGCACACCGGAAGUGCCGCCAUAAUGGUGCGCCAUCCGAAUUCUCCAUAGGCGCCGUAAACAACGAGAUUUGGCCGAGGCAGACCAACAAUUAGGGACGACACAGACAAGUAAGCCUCAAACGCCCAGAAAUUGUGCGUCACAGAAGGCGCACUUUGGGAAGUCUCCUCCGAUGCAGACUUCGCGGAGUGUGUUUCGCGUUUCCCGCUUCUGCCGUGUUUCGGGGGAGGGCGCGUUCGUCGAACAGCUUAGCAGACGACAGUUUUCGGCGGCUGGUGGCUCUUUCGUUUGCAAAAAUUACCAGUUCUGACGAAUGGUACUUACCUGAAGUUAGAGCAGGAAAUGACGGCAUACCACGAUAAAUGGGCAUACCGCGAAGGCGAAACAGAGCGGAACAAUUACGCUUGUGAGUUUAGUCUCUCAUAUGGGAUACGUGUUAGCACUAAACAUUUGAUCCUUCGCUCUUUAGUUAAUUUUAAAGCGACACGAGUUUUCGCACCUCUCCACGGGAAUGAGAAACGCAGGAAGAUAGGCUGGAAGGUCUGGAAAAUCGGGAUGAAGACACAUAAGAUGAGGUGAUCAGUGAUAAGCAACCCGGGAGACGCCGUCGCUGCCUGUCCCCAACAAGUAUUGAAGUAGGAAUGUUCGACAAAACACGACGUUUUACGGAGCAGACGGAACUUGUUUAACGGUUUUAUGAUUUAUUUGCGAAUAGAUUAAUAAAACUACACACAAAUGCUCCCCGUGCGGGAUUGUCGCUUUCAGCCUUGGAUAAGUUGUCAGAACACAACCGUUGCUCACGAGGCUGCAUGAUGGGUGUCGUGCACGAUUGCAGGGUGCCUUGGGCAGGAUAAACGUGCAGCAAGCCGAUCUAACCGUGGUUGAGCCAUUCGACUGCAGUCGACUCAACCGUGGUUGAGAAAGCUAGUGUAACUAGGGUAUAAUACCCUAGUUACACUAGCUUCUCUUCCGGAGUGCUCCUUCUGGGAACGUUACUACGCUCUGCUUACUUUUCGUCCUUCCGUCAGUUGUCGUGUACGACUUCUACACACAUUGUCUGGAAUGUCUACCUCACUCUCUCUGCGCAUGUAGGUAAACUGCAAGACAAAUGAAAACGCCAUAACUGCCUCGGUGUCCGCGCUGAAUUCCGAGAAAUUAUUGUCGUCUGCUACUACGUCCGAUUUUGCAGCACCUCAUGCAAUGCGCCGUCUGGAGUCUUUUCUAUUAAAUAUACGUUGCGGACGAUCGGCACCAGAUGGCGAGCGUAGCUGUGCUCAGGUGUGCUCGUCCGUAUCACCGUCACCGUGGUCCGAAUACUUUGGCUGGAAGGCGCACAUGUGACGCACACUAUGACGGCAUAUGCGACGCAUCACUAUUCGGACGCACCCCAGGGGCUGGCAGAGGAGGACUGACGCCGCUGCCACUUCUCUCCCUUCUCUUCUCGUAACUCCUCGCCAGACAGGACACGCAGCCCGCGAAAGAAUGCUCUUUUGAAACUUUGCCAACCAAUAGCGGAGAGCGCAAUGUCCUUCGGCCAAUGGGUAUCAACUAUGAUAUUUCCCUUUCCCUAUAUAUCCCUUUCCGUAGACACAACCACGGUUUCGCUGAAAAUGGGCUCACAGUUGCUGCAUUGCCGAAGAUGCUCAGCUAGCUCGUUGAGCUAGUGUAGUGUUGAGCUCGUUGACGUGUGUCUAGGGAAAGGGAUAAGUGGAAAAGACUUUUGAAAGAGACGGUGGCGAUAACGCAACGUGGGAACAGUGUAAAUAGGCCAUCCUUUAUCCCUCUCCCUCCCCUCCGGGAGUUGUUAGGUAUUUAGGAGGUUUGUGUGUUAUUAAAUCAUUACUGUGUCUGAGAACUUUUGUGCUUGUCUUCGUGUCCCGUGUCUCUCGGUUAUUCGUUCCUUCAUCAUCAUGCACCAGUUAGUCUGCGCCCUAUCUCUUUUAUCGAUCAACUAUGAUGCCUGACAGAUUAAUACCACGUGCAUAAUGUAAAAACCCCGAGACUUGGGCAACUAGGGAACACGAAGUCUCAAACACAGCUUUUUUUUUUUUACAGCAUUUUUUUUCAUUGUCAUACCACGUGUUUAUGACGUGAAAACAUUUUUUUAGAGCCGGGAAGAGGGGCGCUAUGGGCCUAUGGGGGCCUGGUAUUAAUUCGUCAGGCAUCAUAGUUGAUACCCAUUGUCCGAAGGACAUUGCGCGCUCCGCUAUUGGUUGGCAAAGUUUCAAAAGAGCAUUCUUUCGCGGGCUGCCUGUUGCCUGGCUGGCGAAGAGUUACCGGAGUUACGAGAAGAGAAGGGAGAGAUGUGGCAGCGGCGUCUCACGUCUCGACGAUGUCAGUUGACAGCACCGUAUGACCGCAUUGUUCAAAGAGAAGUCGCAUGCACUCGUAUGAGCGUCGCUUGCUUCUGGGAGUAGAGUGUACGUGUGUUUUGCGAGUUCGAACUUGGUGGGCGAACGCAACGAUUUGGACUCUGUACGCACGGUGAAUAUUUGUGUCAGGCUAUUAAGUCAACCAUGUUUGAAAUAAAUGUGUAUUUUGUCCAAACUUUGCCUAGUAGUUCUGGAAUACGGAAUAACGAGCGUCGGGCAUGAAAACCAGUAAAAGUAAAAGCCGAUGGUAGCCAGUA